AUGGCGAUAGACAGCGCUGACCUGGAGCGUAUCUUGUCCUAUAUAAAUCCUCCGUCCUCACUCUCGCUAUCACAACAUAACUGCAUCCCAACAAACACUUCAACAGCUACAAUGCGUUUCCUGUCUGCCUUCAUGAUGGUCGCAGCGCUGAUCGGUGCCGUCAGCGCGGGAGGUUUGUACGGAGGCUUCGGCCGAGGUUUCGGCGGAGGCUUUGGCGGCUUUGGUCGAGGCUUCGGAGGCUUCAGCCGAGGCUUCGGAGGCUAUGGUGGAGGUUUCAGCCGAGGCUUCGGAUUUGGACGAGGAUUCGGCGGUGGAUUCGGGCGUGGAUUUGGCGGCUAUGGGUAUGGACGUUGAGCAUAUAUG